UUGACGUCAGUACUGAGGUCAAGUAGAGCCCUGUUGUGAAGAAACGGGCUCAGAGCCUACUCCACAGCACGCAGUGAGAAAUUGUAGCCUGGGAUGGUUCCAAUGCCUGGCCCCACACCACAAGCACUUUCCCCAAAUGGUGAGAAUAAUAACGACAUCGUGCAGGACAAUGGCACCAUUAUUCCUUUUCGGAAGCACACAGUGAGAGGGGAGCGUUCUUACAGUUGGGGAAUGGCUGUUAAUGUGUAUUCAACAUCUGUAACUAGUGAGAACAUGAGCCGGCAUGACAUCAUGGCCUGGAUUAAUGACACAGUGUGUUUAAACUACACAAAAAUUGAACAACUUUGCUCAGGUGCAGCAUACUGCCAGUUCAUGGACAUGUUAUUCUCUGGCUGCAUUAGUUUGAAGAAAGUAAAAUUCCAAGCGAAAUUGGAGCAUGAGUACAUACACAAUUUCAAACUGCUACAGGCAUCGUUUAAGAGAAUGAAUGUUGAUAAAGUUAUUCCAGUAGAGCGUUUGGUUAAAGGUCGUUUUCAGGAUAACUUAGAAUUCAUCCAGUGGUUCAAGAAGUUUUUUGAUGCAAACUAUGAUGGUAAAGAAUAUGAUCCUGUGCUUGCUCGGCAAGGUCAAGAUGCUAUUCCACCACCCAAUCCUGGUGAACAGAUUUUUAAUUUGCCAAAGAAGGCAGUAAGUUCUCCUAGUGCAGGUGCUGCUGCUCCAAAAAGCACUCCAUCUCCUAAAUCAGCGUCAACACCAUCUAGGCCAACUUCAGCUCAAGCUAGAAAGGCACCAGGAGCAAAAAGUGGUGGUGAUGCAGAAUCACAUAUUGCACAAUUGAAUGAGCAGGUGAGUUCAUUAAAACUCGCACUUGAAGGAGUUGAAAAGGAAAGGGACUUCUACUUUGGGAAACUGAGAGAAAUUGAACUUAUCUGCCAAGAACACGGACAGGAGAAUAUUGACCUUGUUCAGCGACUCAUGGAUGUGCUAUAUGCUACCGACGAGGGAUUUGCAGUGCCAGAUGAAGGUCAGGUACAGGGUGAAGAACUGACUCAGGAACCAGAAGAAUAUUAAUUGGCAACAUGAGUAUUCACUUCAGAAUGAAGAGCACACUGAAGACUUCAUGGAAUGAAUUGCUUCAGUUUGAACAUUAGCAUUUUAUCUUCCAUACUCUGCAACAGCAAAGUACUGUAUUCCGUACCCAUUAUCUUACCACCAUACAUUUGCAGCAAUGAUCUUUCAGUAGAGAAAAAAUGUGGUAAUUUUGGGGCUAAAUUAACACUUUGCAUUAUGGCUUAUAUUUUAGGCAGAAAUAUGGUUUCACAAAAUUAUUGAUUUCAAAAGUUUGGUAUCCACCAAUGAAAGUUUUAUGAAGUAUGUUUGGUGAGCAAAAAUGCAGUAUUACAAAUUCAUACUUGUCCUGUAUAUUUUUCAUGAAACCUGCUAAGUGGAGAGCAAACCAUCACACUUUACAUUACACAGGCAAUUAUUGUCAGCCUAUUUAUAUAUGAAAACACCACUGAAGGAAUGGAUUCUUAAUUCUGUGUAAAGAAAGUCUUAUUAAGCUGUAACUCACUUGUUUUGAAUUAAAUAUCCACAAUUUGUCGCAUGAUGGGGUAGAUUUGUUUUCAAAAAGUAAAUAAUUGCUAUUACUUUUAUCUUUCUACUUAUUUAAUAAUAAAUUGGUUGUGUGUUUAUAUUCGUGGUCUGUGUAUAAAGGUCUUCAUAAGAGAACUGUUAAUGCAGUGAUAUAGUGCACAUGUAAAAUCACAUUCAUCAGGAGCUCAAGUAUUUAGGUCAUCAAAAAGAAUAUUCUGACUGCUAUCACUGUCACAUUUAGACAGCAGAAAAAUGAAGAGAAUAAUAGUAUAUACAUGCAGGCUGGAUAUGAGCUGGAAACUGCAUCGAUGCUAACAAAGAUACCAGAGUCUGAAUGACAGUUGCAUAUCAGCUUUCCCUUGAGGCAAGACUUAUUAGGCUUUGACUAAUCAUAGAGUUCUUAAGGAAGCCAUUUGGUCAAUCAAGUCCAUGCUGGAAAUCUGUCAGAAAACUGGGGAGUUAUCCUACCUGCACUAAUCAUACUAAUUAGUGAGUUAUCCAAGGAGUAACAUUCAAUAAUUCUGCAGCAAUAAAUGUGGAAUUUAUUGACUGAAGAAUAUAGUGUGGAUAUUGAAGGGAAGAAAUGAAAAGUCAUUUUACAAAGCAUUAUAUAUGCAAAUGAAAAUCAUACUUGGGGUAUAUUAGUAGUAUAGAAAGAGAAAUCCAUGUUUCAACUGACCAGUAAUAGCAAAAUCUGUUAGAUAUGUACAUAUUGUACUCCUCUUUUGUCUGAAUUUAAUACACGGGUUAUGUAUAAGAAAAUAUAUGUACAUUUCCAUCAUGAGUUUGUUCUCGUGUUUGUAUCUUGUUUUUUUAAAUUCAUUUUUCACUCGAGCUGUUUCUUCAAAAAAAAAACAGUUGUAAUGGAUCUGUAAACUGUAACUAGGCUACUUUUGAUGUUUUAAGUAUACAGAAAUGUAGACUAUUCUGCUUCUAGUUUAUCUAUUCCAGUUGCAGAAUUGAAUAAUGCAUUAAACUGUACAUUAUUUUUAAUACUUUGCCGUUAUUUGGCAAAUUUCUUCCACCAAAAAGAUUAGGUAUUUGGCCCGCAAUUCUGAGGGAAAAUAAAUCUAAAUUGCAUUAUCUCAAA